AUGGAGACAUUGGUGGUGAUGAUAAAGAAUUUGAAAAUUGAAUUUGAUAAAGAGCAGCAGUGGAAUCGUUACGUCGACGGAGACAUUCUUUACGAUGUGACUGAUGAGAAGAGUGCGAAUACUGUCUACAGCUAUGUUGUCGACCCGGAAAAUAAUUUGUCUUUGGAAGAAACACACAAGUACUUUGAGUACAUCAUGCAGGCACUGACAAAUCUUUCUGUUGACGCUAUAGACAAGAUUGACAACAAAUGGCUGGAAAUGGCUACAAAAAACCGGGAAGUUUUUCUAGAAGCAAAAGCGAAAAUUCUUAAGAGAUGGACUGGAUUGAUAUUUGAAAAAUGUGGAGCGGAGAGCACCAAGAAUGAAAUUUUUUAUCAAUUGGAAAACUUGACUUUGUCUUUUUGGAGAGCUUCUGCAGAGAGAAAAGAAUUUUUGUAUCAGUAUGUUGAGCCAGAAGAAAAACCCGAACCGUAUGAUGAACAAGUUCCGGAAAUCUUCGUGGAAAACAAGAAAGCGACAAAGAAGAAGAUGAAAAAGAAAUCUUCCAAAAAAGGAUUGACAAACACUAUUGAGCUAGCUUUGAAAAGUGGUGAGAAGCGGAAAAAGAAACAAGCACAUUUAUCACAGAGAACAUUGCUCAGUAGAUCGCCAUCUUUGAAACGUGGAGAGCACAUUCGAUUUAAUCUUUACUCGGAUGUCACUCCAAUCUGGAAGAAGUCGGCGGGCAAAGACGCGAAUCUAGAAGAGAGAAAACUUAACGGUGAAAGUAUUCUGGUAUCAUUGAAAGUCCCGGUAGAAGAAGUUUUUCUCGGAUCCAAUGAACCUGUAGUGGCAUUUCGUGAUGAUACAUCAACCGAUUGGAAGAAAGGAGUGUUCACAACUCAUUCCCAGUUUGAUCAGAGAAUUUGCCCUCCCGUUCUUGAUAUAAUAAUACUGUUUGACACAUCCGGUGGAAAUGAUACAGUAUUCGAACAACAGAAAUAUUGGACUAUUAAAAUUGUGAGAGAUCUUCCGAUACAUGAAGAUGCUGUCAGAGUUGGAUUGAUUCAAUAUUCUGAUGCUGCAAAAACUGAGUUUAAUCUCUCAAGAUAUUCUGAAAGAAAUGAUAUUAUUACACAUCUGGAGACGCUAACAUUCAUGCCAGGAGAAGAUACAAGAACUGGUGUGGCAUUGGAUAAGGCAGAUGAGGAAAUGUUUAAUUAUAUCGGAGGUGCCAGACUAAAAGCCACCCGUCUAAUCAUUCUAUUCACUGAUGGCCUAUCAAUGGAUAAACCCACAAAGUCUGCAAAAACAUUAAGGAGAAAAGGUGUCAAAAUAUAUACGAUUAGUGUGAAUAGCAUUGGAUUUGUACCGGAAAUGUUGGGAAUUGUCGGCGAUGCGGAUAAUGUGUUUGGACCAACUGAUGAGGAUCGUAUUGAAGAGCGUCUUCUUACAGAAGUUGAACAUUCUAGAUCAUGUGAAGUGCAGCCAAAGCGCCAUGAAAAGACAACAAGUUCAUUUGGUCUCAGAAUAACAGAUUUCAUUGCUAUCAACCCAGAAAGCUCAGAAGUCAAUAUUGCAAAUACAACGACUAUUCCAACAACUAUAACAUCGGAUUCGUUCGCAAGAGAUCCAGAAAAUUCAGAUGAGGCGGAUGGUGAUAACAAUGUGGAAGAUAUAGGGCGCAAUGAAACGGAGACAACGGUCGUAAUGGAGAUCACAACCACUUCUCCCGUUUCACUAUCCUGGAAAGAGCCGAUACAAUUGUUCACUGUAGAGGCCGAAUCUACACAUGAAAACAAGGUGCUGAAUUUGACAAAUUUGAAAACUUCGUUAGCUGAAGAAUCUAACACGUCUGAAGCCAAAGAGAUUAAUGACACUGUCUCUGAGACUGCGUCUACCGGUCAAACACCUGAUGAUCAACUUACUCUGUCUACUGAACUCCCAACCUCAUCUGUUUCUGUUGACUCUCCCACUGAAACGACUAAUUCUGUGGAGAUAUCAUCCACUCCCGCGUCUUCACCAGAACCAACCACUGUUCUCACAACACUUCCUCCGGUGACAACUAUUUGUAUCAAUGCACCUACAACUACCGUAACUUCUAGCACCGGCUCGUCUAACUUGUCUAGCUCAACCAGCAAAUCCUUUUUGGUGAAACUUGGAGUGGAGAAAGAGAAGAAAGAGAAAGACCCUGUAAGCAAGUUCUUGGGUAGAGAUGUUUCGAACUCAAAUCUUAUUAAAGAAGAGAAGGAGGAAGUAAAAUUAUCUGAAAACAACUCUGAAGAACCCAAUGCAUCUGAAACCAAAACUCUACACCCUGAUUCAUCAGUAUCUGAGAAUAAAACUACAUCAGUCCCACCAGCAGCCACAAAUAGAUUCUUCUUCUCUACUAGAGUCACAUUUCGACCAGUGUCCUCAACGACUCGAAUAUCUACAACUUCUAGUAUUCCGUCUACUACUUCUACAGCCACAACAACUUCUGCAACUACAACAACUGGCAGACCGGUGCCAACUACAACUACACUAUCUUUGAGAUCUAGUACUUUGAAACAAAAAAUUGAGUCUACUGAGAGUUCUACCACCAGUACCUCCCCGAGUUCCCCAGUCACACCUCCCCAAAAGUCAGCCUUCCUAUUCCAAACCCUUUCCGCUGUCACAGCGUUCCCUACGCUGUUGAGCAUGGAAAAAGCUGUGACGCUACCCAUCAACAACGCACUCGGCGUAAGCAAACCAAUGAAAAAGAAGAUUCGAAGAAUAAUAAAGAGAAGACGAAACAUCCUUCCAUCGAGCCAAGCGAAGAAAGUGACAGACAAGGUGGUGGAGGUAAAAAGGGUGCCCACACCGACUACGCCACCGAUUAGAAGUACUUUGAGACCGAUUAUUAUUGAAGAGAAGGAAGAAGAGAUAUUUUCUUCCAGUGUACAAUGUCCAAUGGAUAUCCUGUUUGUGGUUGACAGCUCGGGAUCCAUUGCACGGACCUAUGAUACCCAAAAGGAUUACCUGACACAACUAAUCAAGAAAGUCGAGCCAAGUCGUAGCCACCGUGUAGGUCUUAUUCAGUUCGCUGGACCACAUAUUCAAAAAAUGGAAUGGUCUUUUGACACGCAUUCAAAGAACUCACAGCUUUUGUCUGCAAUUAGAAGUGUCCGACAUUUGACAGGUACUACCUACAUUGGAGCCGCUUUGGAGCUAUCACUGAUUCUUUUGGAUUCUAGAAGAAAACAUACCGAGACUACUGUAAUUCUGAUUAGUGACGGGUUCUCCCAAGAUGACUCUACACAACAAGCAAAACUUCUCAGACAACUUCCCAAUGUUAAGAUGUAUGCAAUUUCCUUGAAUAAAUUAACAAAUACGAAAUAUCUAACGGAUAUUGUCGGUGAUCGGAAGAAUCUAUUCAUUAAUGACGAAAGCCACUGGUUUGAGGAAUUCUUCACCAAAAAAUUACGAUGCGUACCGACUACUAGAUAA